AUGGCUUCAGAUCCAGCUCCAGGUGAGGAAUCAUACGAAGAGAAACACGUGCACGAGGUGUACCAGCAGAUCGCGCAGCACUUUUCCUCAACACGAUACAAGCCAUGGCCGAUUGUGGAACAGUUCCUGAAGGGGCUUCAGCCAGGUUCUGUCGGGUUGGAUGUAGGGUGCGGCAAUGGCAAGUAUCUGCCUGUAAACCGAGAUGUUUUCAUCGUCGCCUCUGAUCGAUCUGAGAACCUCGCGCGAAUUGCUGUGAAACAUCAACCACAUUCCACCAUCAUGGCCGAUAUUCUAAAUCUGCCGCAUCCGAGCGCGAGCUUUGACUUUGCUAUUUCAAUCGCAGUCGUGCAUCAUUUAUCAAGUCCUGACCGGCGAGUCGAGGCGAUCAAAGAGAUUUUGCGCACGUUGAAUCAAGGCGGCAAAGCCUUGAUUUAUGCCUGGGCUCUCGAGCAGAAAACGAGCCGCAGAGGCUGGGACAAAGGCGACCAGCAGGAUAUCAUGGUUCCUUGGGUGAUGGGUGGUGGGAACUCCCCCGCUCAGUCCAAGGACAUGUCCAAGACUUUUCACCGCUACUACCACCUGUAUGCAAGCCAGGAAUUGGAGCGAGACAUAGUCUGUGCAGGGGGUCAUGUUCUUGAGUCUGGGUAUGAAAAAGACAAUUGGUGGGCGAUUGCAACACGGGCCGAAACAACAGCCCCCUCCCCUGCAAUAAAUUGA